AUGCACGUGUCUGGGAACGCCCUGGGACUCUCUGAGCAGCCGGAGGAAGUGCUCCUCCUUCAGACCGGAGCGUCUUGGAGUCUGUGCCCGGGUUUGGAGCGCUGGUCUCCGGCUGUGCCCGCGCUGUGCCCCCCGCUGUGCCCGCGCUGUGCCCCCCGCCGUGCCCGCGAGCCUCCUCGUGCCCUCGCCAUGUCUCGUGCGCUCGUGCUCGUGGCGCUGAUGCUGUCGGUGUCGUUCGUAGAUUCACGGAGCGGACCGAAAGUCACGGAGAAGGUUUUCUUUGACGUGACGGUCGGGGGUCAUGAGGUCGGCAGAAUCGUCAUCGGACUCUUCGGAGAAGUCGUCCCACUCACAGUCGCCAACUUCGUCGCCCUGGCAACGGGAGAGAAGGAUUACGGAUUCAAAGGCUCCAGGUUCCAUCGCGUCAUUAAAGAUUUCAUGAUCCAGGGAGGAGACUUCACCAACGGAGACGGGACCGGAGGUCACAGUAUCUACGGCUCCACCUUCGCCGACGAGAACUUCAAACUGAAACACCUGGGAGCAGGAUGGGUGAGCAUGGCCAACGCGGGUCCAGACACAAACGGGUCGCAGUUCUUCAUCUUGGCCACCAGGGCGCCGUGGCUCGACGGGAAACACGUCGUCUUCGGGAAAGUCCUGGACGGAAUGACGGUGGUUCACACGAUCGAGCUCCAGGACACUAACGACAGAAACGUGCCGUACACUGAGUGUGUGAUCGUCAACAGCGGACGCAUCAGUGUCACCGAACCUUUCACCGUCGAGGUCGAGGGAUGGGUCUGA